ACCAUGCCAGCCAAGAGGAAACUGGUGUCGCUGGCCCUCAACGUCACCCCACCAUCGCUGAGGGACUCAGCCCCACUGGAGGUGGCGAGUGCAAUGGCUCCAAGUAUGAAUGGAACAUCUGUUGAAAACUUUUCCUGUAUUGUUCGCUCAUAUAUAUUUAAGAAUCCUACUAUGAAUUGUACUUGGAAUGCUGGCACAAAUGCUCCUUCAGACACCCAGUAUUUUAUGUACUUAGCUUACCACAAGGCUACAGAUAACGAGUGUCCACAUUACAUAAGUAAUAUGCAUAGAAGACACAUUGGUUGCUACUUCCCUGAUGUGAUAGUAAAUAAAUAUCGUGUGAAUAUUACAGUAAACGGAUCAAGCACAAAAUCUCCAAUUCAAUCGUAUGUUGAUGAUUUCCGACUUUAUAAAAAAGAACAGCUUCAACCUCCCCAAAAUAUUACUGUGGAUUAUAAAUCACCAUUAUAUUAUAGAAUCCAAUGGGAACCUCCUCCAAGCUCUCGUAAAGUUGGAAGGGAAUGCUUUGAGUUCCAAAUAAAGGAUGAAUGCAGGAAUACAGUCAUGAAUGUAACAGGAAAAACAUACUUCAAUUUUGCAAAGCCUGCAAAAUAUAUCUUGAGAAUUCGCACAAUUGGACACACUGUGUGUACAAUUUCAAAAGAAAUGAAUGGAGAAUGGAGCGAACCUAUUGAGUUUGGUACUGAUCCUGAUACAUUUCCUACACUGCCUUUAGUCUUUGCUGCACUUGGAACCAUGCUAAUAAUUAUGCUCUUGACUUUGAUUUGUAAAAGGAACCACAUAUGGGAAAAACUGACAGAUCCAGUCCCCCAACCAAAAGAUAUAAUGUGGCAACAUGAAAAGAAUGUGGAGAAAUGGGUGACCCCAGUACCAAUAGGAGGUGAAUCAAUAACAGUGGUUGAAGAAAUGACUGCCAUCUCCCCAAAAGUAUGAGACAUUGCCCACUACAAAAAAAAAACCUACCCUAAUAAAAUAGUAAAAGAAAACCUGUCUAUACAGGUAUGUGUACGAUUUAUCUGUUUCUUUCAAAAUAUGAAUGCAUUUGUAUGCAUUCAGACAGUGGGAUUCAAGAUAAUAACCUGUUACUAGAGGCUGUCAAGCAAGAACUAGAACAAUUAAUUUUCCCAAGGUGUCACAUGACAAACUGGGACUGUUGUGGAGGGCGGAACUAAUAGGAAUGUGUAGGUGCGUAGGCAUGCACAGACACACAUACAUAAAUUGAAUUUAAAACGUUGCCUUCAAAGUAAAAGCAUUCCACGUUGUCCAGACAAGGGCAGCCAAAGGGCUGGAUGUAGCCCAGGAGCCAUCAAAUGCCCAGGUGUGGCUAGAUUCAUUGUGCAUAUACAAAGGGCAGAGUUUACAUUCACCAACUUGCUUUGUGUUUUUUUUUUUAAUUUUCCCCGUGGAUGCCUAGAUUUCUUUUGUGUAAAAACGGGGAUAAAUCUGUUGUUCAUUCCUGUUGUAUGGAUCAGGGUAUACAGUAUAGUCAACACAUAAGAGUAUAUUGAAUGGAUUUCUACCAUUCUUUGAGUCACAGAGGGUUUCUCCCUUGUUAUUGUUAGACACCUUCAGACAUUUGAUUAAAAGGAAAAACACUGAAUAAUUAUUCCCCACUUUUGGAAUACUGGGAAGAUGAAAUGCCUCUUAACAAAAGAAAUAAGCUUUUCCUCUAUUCUCUAAAAGCCUUGAAUCCCAACUUCCAAAGAAACUGUUGUAGAAAAAACAAAAGCUGAAUGUGGGAGAAUUUGCACAAGCAAAUUCUGAUAGUACUUUGGACCAAACAAUCAUUAAGGGAAGGUACAAUAUAUAUUCAUAGAUAAGGCCAUUCAUGGAUAAACUAACUCAUUUUUUUCAAUGUUUUUGUUUUCAUAUUUUAAAUAACAUUUGUUUUUUACUUGGCUUAUCCAAGGGUGGCACGAUACAUACAUACAUACAUACAUACAUACAUACAUACAUACAUACAUACAUACAUAUAUAUAGCAACAACAUCAGUAUUAAAUAACACAUUUUUAAAUAAAUUGCCAAUAAUAGUCUAGGAUAAGAAUGUCAAACGCCAUGUCACGUGACACAACAUAUCACUUUUUCUCCUUGCUGGAGCUGGGGUGGGUGCAGCUUCUGCGUGAUGCAUCAGUACUAAAUAAAACAGGUUUUCCAAUUGACUAUCUGUUCUGAUGCCUAUAUAUAUUGUACCUUCCCUUAAUGAUUGUUUGGUCCAAAGAACAUCUGGCCUUCAUUCAAAAUAAUACUAGAGCUGGAAAGUCAAAUUCUCUCAUUGUACCAUCUACCUUUAAACCUACUAAUCUAAAUUAGUAGAAAAUUCUAAUUUUCUCUGAUGUCAUAUUUAAUUUUUUAUUCAAUACUCUAAACAUCAAUACCAAUACAAACACUCCUAAUAGUUAUUUGUUUUUCAACACGACAGUGUAAAAGCAUACAAAUGAGAAUCUUGCCAUGUGGGCACAUGAGUAAGAUAUCUUUCUUCAAAUAAUUAAAAACUCAUACAGCUGAUUCAUCUAAUGCUACGUACAUGUGCUUCUUUACAAAGCAUGUAUAUUAUAUUUUCCCCAUAGCCCUACUUCCUACUUAUUCUUAGGUGAACUAUAAUUAUUAGCAUCCCUAUAUGCACACUGCUUAACCAUUGCAUUAUUAUUUUCAAGCUUUUUUCUCCAUAUUCAGAAUGGGUUCCUAUUUCAAACUAUUUUACCAUUUUCAUAAAAACAUGAUGAAAACUUCUGAAGGCCUAUAUAAGCAUAUCUUAUUUAAAGAGCCUUUAAAUCCAGUCUAAGAAUCCAACUAUAGUACUCUGCCCCAACACACACCACGGGACAGCUUUUUAAAAAGUCUUGCCAUACUAGUUCUUUCCUUACUUUGUUCCACUCCCCCUUUUUGUGCAGAUGGAUAUGCACAUGCAUAAAUGCUGCCUGAGGCCAGUAAACCACAUCUUACUGCAUGGUGAGGCUGGCCAUAAAACUCAAGAUGUAGUAGUCAUAAAUUCAACACAUAGUUAAUUAUGUUUAUUGUUCACAAAAUGCCCCAAAUUGGAGAACACAAAUGCUAGAUGUUCAGCUGUGCAAAAACAGUACAUAGUGUUUAAGUACAAGUGGAAAAACAAGAUUGGCUAAAUGAAUAUUUUUCAAAACAUGAUUUUUAUGGUUCUUUUAAGACAGGACUUGAAACUUAUAGCUGAUCUUCAGACAAAAGCAGAUCAGCUUCCUUGGACCCUGAACUGUACCUACUAUAACCAACACCAAAGACAGACGAUUCUGGACUAUCUGUUCUGAUGCCUAUAUAUAAUGUACAUCAGUUCACAGAAGGCAGUUUGUAGUCCUACUUAAACAUGAUCUGGCCCCGAUACAUAAGACUGAGUAGGAAUUUUUUUUAAGUCAGUGGUCCAUAAUGGCAAGUU